AUGAGAGAGAAGGAAGACCUAGAUGUGAGUUUACAACUUUCUGUUUAUUUCCUUAGAAGGGAAAACAAAGAUCUUGAGUCAUCCAUCAGCCAAGUCACUCCACAUCACUUGGUACCAUCUACUGGAAAUGCACAGAACAAGAAUCCUAAGAUGAUUCUGGAGACAAAUUAUACUGCUCCAAAUGAGUUCAUGUUUAUUGGAUUCACAGAUUAUUUCCCAUUCAGAGUCACACUGUUCUUGGUGUUUCUCAUAGUGUACACGUUAACCGUGGUGGAAAAUAUGGGCUUAAUAAUCCCAGUUAAUAGUGAUUCAAGACUUCAAACUCCCAUGUACUACUUUCUCAGCAAUUUGUCUUUCUUGGACUUCUGCUAUUCUACAGCAAUCGCUCCCAAAAUGCUGGUAAGCUUCUUAGCUUCCAGGAAGAGAAUUUCUUUCUAUGGCUGUGCUAUUCAGAUUCUUUCCUUUGCAUGUUUUGCAGAUGCUGAGGGUCUUAUCCUGGCUGCGAUGGUCUAUGACCAUUAUGCAGCCAUCUGUAACCCACUGCUUUAUUCUACGCUGAUAUCUCGGAGAGUCUGCAUCAGCAUGGUUGUGCUGGCAUAUUUUGCUGGGAGUAUGACUUCACUGGUGCAUCUGUCCCUGACAUUUAGGCCCAUCAAUCACUUUUUCUGUGAUAUCCCACCUCUCCUGGCUUUAUCAUGUGCAAAUACCCACAUCAACGAACUUCACCUUUUUGCCUUAUGUGGCACAAUUAAGACCAGCACUUUCGUGGUCAUCCUUGUCUCCUACUUCUACAUCCUGAUUACUGUUCUGAGCAUCAAGUCUUCAGGAGGCAGAAGCAAAACCUUCUCCACGUGUGCUUCCCAUCCCAUGGCCGUCACCUUAUUUUAUGGAUCUCUUUUGUUUAUGUACUUGCGUCCCACCACUGGCUAUUCCACAGACACUGAUAAGGUAUUUCCAUUAUUUUACACUGUCAUCUUUUCUAUGUUGUAUCCAAUGAUUUACAGCUUCAGAAACAAGGAUGUGAAAAAUGCCCUCCAAAAAUUGCUUGAACAAAAGGGGAUCUUAAAAUGGCCACGAAUUCAAGUUGCUUAUCAGUUGCUUUCGCAGUCAUGUUUCACAUCUUCAUUAUAA